UUUUUUGCUGUAUAGUUCAUUGUUACUCGAUGUCGCUGGCGUUAAAAAAAUAUGGCUGCGUCGCUACAAAUGCUGGAUGCGGCCAGUUCAUUCGCGAAUAAAGUAUAUGAUAGAAAUAUGAACUACUUUUUAAAUAUAAAAUCAUCAAUUUUAAAAACCUUUUACAUUUGAUGUCAUUCAUAGAUGGAUUGUGUUCAACAAAAUUGCAUCAGGUUUUUAUAUUAUAAUUGCGUAAGCCCUAUAUUUGGUUUUCAAAUAACAAAAUGAUAAAUGGAAAGUCAGUUGCGCUUGUAGAUAGGCAAACCGCUAUCAUUUUUGAUAAUAAAUAGAUCAGUUAUUCCCAUAUGUUGGUAUUACACCAGUGCAGUGUAUAAAUCAAUUUUGCCGCGUGUAUUUGAUUGGAUGUGCGCCUGCCGGCACACAACCUAUCUUACAUAUUCGCUCAAUUAUUUUACGUAUAAUGUGGCUAUUUAAAACCCUAAAGAAGACCGACUUGUGGCAACUGUCUUCUUGUUAGGCAGCGUAACUUAUUUUAGUAUAAACUAUUUCAGUUGUGUUUGUCAUACUUAAUGAAAUAAGUGCUAAAGUCUAGUGUUUCCAUGUGUAGAAGACGCCAAGCUUUUCACUGGUGCGAUUGCUUAUUCUGUUGUCAAUAAGAUUUGUUGUGAUAGCAAUUGUAUGCGGCGCAGUUAAAAUACUGAUUUAAUACUCGUUAAGGCUGUUUUUGAAACUAUUGUACUGUAUGUUUAAACUGUGUAUUAGAAAAGUGCAAUUCAUAAUUUCAUAGGAUACACUUUAGAACAUGUGUGAUGGUUGUGCCAUUUAUUUUAUAUUAUCAUGAUAAAUAUUCAGGUUGGCAUAAUGCUAUAUAAUACGAAGGGAGAUUCCAAUACAAAUUCAGCUCCCAAUUCUGAUUAUGCAAUUGCUGGUGCUGUAAGUGGCUGUGUAACAAGAUUCUUGUGUCAACCAUUAGACGUUUUAAAAAUCAGGUUUCAGUUACAAGUGGAGCCAAUAACUGAACAUCAUGUAAGCAAGUAUCAAUCUAUGCAUCAAGCAGUGUAUCUUAUUCUAAAAGAAGAAGGUAUAUCAGCAUUAUGGAAAGGUCAUAUUCCAGCACAAUUAUUAUCCAUUGUCUACGGCAUGAGUCAAUUCUACUCCUAUCACAUGUUUAUGAAGUUGUCUGAUAGAUUGCCAGUGGAUGAUUGGAAGCACUCAACGAGUUUUGUAGCUGGUGCAGCUGCUGGUACGGUAGCAACAAUAACAUCCUUUCCAUUCGAUACAGUGAGAACACGAUUAGUUGCACAGUCAUCAAAUCAUCGAGUGUAUCAGGGAAUCCUGCAUUCUCAUCAGGAAAUCUUGCGAGCCGAAUCUUACAGAGGAUUUUUUCGUGGACUAUGGCCCACGUUACUGCAGAUAGCACCACACACGGGUCUACAGUUUGCCUGUUACGAAUUUUUUACUGAUUUGUAUAAACGUCAUUUCGAUGAGUCUACAACAAGGAUUGUUAAUUCAUUAAUAGCGGGUAGUACAGCUGGUUUCAUAGCCAAGACGGUUGUUUAUCCUCUAGAUUUAUCCAGAAAAAGAUUGCAAAUUCAAGGCUUCGAACAUGGUAGGAAAGGUUUUGGCAAAUUCUUUCGGUGUGAGGGAAUGGUACAUUGUUUAAUCACCACUGCGAAGGAAGAAGGUAUGAAGGGUCUUUUCAAAGGUCUGUGGCCAAGUCAGCUGAAGGCUGCUGCUACUACAGCUUUACAUUUUACAGUUUAUGAACAAGUUCUUCUUCUUUUAACAUACCUACGCUGA